AUGACGAACAGUAGUAACAAUACAUUCAUCAAUUUGAAAAAUGAGACGAGGGCAUCUUUUACUGCUUACUAUCCAUUGAAUAUAUUUACAUUUAUUAUUCUUUGUCAGCCAGCAUUUAAAAAUACAGCUGCAAAACUAACCAUUCAUUAUAUGCGGGCUAUAGCUAUAUUUGAUAUAAUUAUGUUAUAUGGCUGGAAUUUGGGUCAUUAUCUACUUGAAGCACAUGGAUAUACUCUUCAACUUUAUUCCGUACCAUUUUGUAAAAUUUGCUCAUUUCUCAAUUAUUUUACUCCGCAAAUGUCAGCAUGGUUACGUGUAUUUAUUUGUUUGGAUCGUUAUUUAUCACUGAGUUGCCUAGAAAGAAAAUGGUUCAGUCACUCAAAAAAUGUUCUCAUUAUUAUUGCAUCGAACAGUAUAGUUUUCACAAUCAUAAAUGCGCAUAUUCUUCUUUUUGCUUGCUUCUACGACACCGAUGGAAGUAUUAGUCCUAAUGCUCAAUGGUAUGAAGUAUAUCCUAUGUGGGAUUAUGUAAAUUUAGGCUUAUAUAAUUGUAUACCAUUUAUACUCAUGGUUGCAUUCGACAGCGGGGUUAUUUAUCAUCUUAUUCGUGCCGAUCAAGUCACUACAAUACAACAUCGACGUAUUCAACAUCGUUCAAUAACGAUAACACUUGUUAUAACUACUGUUCUUUUCUUAACUAUGACUAUACCAGGAACUGUUUGUUAUGGAUUUUUUGCGAGUACUGCAAGUUAUGUUAUCUUACAUUUAUUGGAUUCUCUUCUUUAUACAUAUCAUAUACUAUCGUUUCCUCUUUAUUUUAUUACGUUAGCAAAAUUUAGACGUAUUGUUCUUCGUUUCGUGACAACUGAAAAACUUUGUCGAACCCGAGUAGAAAAUUUACCUAUUCUAUGA